AGCAGUAAAUUCUACGUUUUCAUUCAUAUAUAUUACCAACAACCUGAUAACUGACAAGCUAUUCAUAAUGCACACACAAGAGUCAACACACCAGAAGCUACCAUGGCUUCAGUAAGCUCUACAGAGUCUCUGGAAAUGGGUUCUAUCAUCGAACGAUAUGAGGGACUCUUCAACAGUCAAUCCAUGAGUGAUAUUCAGUUUAGUUUUGAUGUCACAGAGGGGCCAAUGGUGUAUGCUCACAAGGUUAUACUAGGUGCAGCCAGUGAUGUCUUCAAGAGCAUGUUCUAUGGGGAACUAAAGGAGACGUCAAAUGUCAUUGAUAUACCAGAUAUUUCAAGGAAUGUGUUUCUUGAAAUCAUGAGGUGCAUAUACUAUGGAGAGGUCAAGCUGAACCCAGAAAACGUCCUAGAAGUUCUCUAUGGCGCCAAAAAAUACCAAGUACUGGAAUUGGCUAAACUAUGUAAAAAGUACUUAGAUGAAAAAAUGGACAUUGAAAACGUUUGUAUACUAUUGGAUGCAGCUCUGACAUUCAAUGAAGGAUCAUUGAAAGAGAAAUGCUUGGAAAAGAUAGCUGAUGACACUGUUGAUGUGCUAGCCACAGAUGCUUUCCUAGAGAUUUCCAAAGGGGCUCUGGGGCAUAUUCUAGAUCAGGAUGUGUUAAAGGUUAACUCAGAAGUUGAUGUUUUCCAAGCAGUGGUCAGAUGGGCAGAAAAUGCAUGUAGGACACAAAAUCUUGAACCAAGCGGUCAGACCAUGAGGGAAAUGAUUGGUGAUCCCAUCUUCAAAUUGCGCUUAUAUCCUCUUACGCCUGAGCAACUAGAGAAAUAUAUUGUACCAUCUGGUAUACUUCACCUUCAAGAAAUGUCUGAUCUAAUUAACAGCUUUUCUACUGGUGAAUACGACAUCCUCAAGUUUAGCAAAGGCAAUAGAAAGGAAGUUAACAAAACAAAGAUAUAUGUUUGCAACCGUUACCGUUCUCAUAUAAAAGGAGAUUCCUCCGGUUGGCCUUGUUCAGGACAUAAGUAUGAUGCAUUACAAUUCAGGGUGAACAAAUCUAUAAUUUUAUUAGGUAUGGGCGUAUUUUUGCCAUAUAAAGAAAAAGCAUACAAUUUUACAGCAAACAUUGAGAUACUGAAUAUUGACAAGGAUUCACUUUAUAAGGCAAAGCAUGAGUUUACGCAGGCUGAUGUUACAUAUGGAGAUGUUUUACACUGUUUGAAAUUUGAGAAAACAGUGAAAAUUGAAUCAAACCAAAUAUAUUCAAUUAAAGCAUUGCUUGAAGGACCAAAUACUUAUUUUACUGAAUCAACAAAUACUGCUCCAUCAGCAGCAAAUGUUGGAUUUACAUUCUUAGAUCAUCCAGAUUCUGAUAAUGGUACAUGCAGCAGACAAGGACAAAUUCCUUGUCUGUACUUCAUUCUUAGUGAUAAAAAAUAAGACUAAGCAUAUCAUAGUAAUGACUUCUGCAGUAUGCAUGGCAGUACAUAAAAGACUCAGACUAAAAAGGAACAAUAAAUGCACGUGGGACUUCACUUUAGGGCAAAUAGCUGUAUAAUUUGUAAUUUGGUUACCGCCAUAUUUUGGCGAGCAAUACCUCAUUGGUAUAUUUCCGUAUUUUACAUAUUUACACUCAAAGACAGAACCAGCCCCUCCUUGGAGGAGCCUUGGGUUAAGUUCUGACCCAAGAUAUCAUUAAAAUAUUCUUAAUUCAUAGUCAAUAGCUUCAAUUCACUGUCAAAGCAACAUACCGUAUCAUCUCUAAUGAUCAUAGUGUCGAUUAUCACAGAUAAUCUAUUUAGUCGUUUACAUACUCUACAGCUAGUGUAUUUCUUUCUCUGCAUUAAAUAUAAUCAUCAAUAGAUAUCUUGUUGUAUAAAUAUCCAAC